AAAGCGAAAAUUUUCACCUGGAGAAAAAAAAAAUUGUUUUCGUCGGGAAAUGUUCAAAAAUUGUUGAAAAAUAUUGCUGUUUUCUCGGCUCAAAGUAAUUAUUCUUAGUAGGAAAGCGUAUCUGCACUGUUGUUCGUAAUUAAAAGGCAACACCCCGGAAUAAGUAGGAAUCGACGUAUUUUGACGGCGAAAAAAGUACGAUGAACGAUAGGUUGCUGAGAAUUGGACAACGGAUCGAGGUUUCCGGCAAAGAUGUCCGUGGCUCGAUUGCGUACAUCGGGAUGACCUCGUUUGCGGUCGGCAAAUGGGUUGGUGUCAUCCUAAAUGAGCCGAAGGGUAAGAACAACGGGUCGAUCAAAGGACAGACGUACUUUUCGUGCGAAGAAAACUAUGGAAUGUUCGUUCGUCCCACUCAGUUGGUAUUCCUGGAUGAUGCGGGAAACCCAAUUGAGGGCGCGGAUCUCCAAAUCCCUGAAGAGAAACCACGGUCUCGGUUGAGCAGUUCCAAGCGUGCUCCUUCCAAAUCAAAUGCUGGAUCGGUUCGCUCGCUGACUUCGAUGCCGGGUUCAACGCCCACCUUCCAAGCGAAACCAACGGCCGUACGCCGCAAGUCACCCGUCAAGCAGCCCCAGUCGAAGCGCGCCUCCAUGUCAAUGACACUCUCGACGUCCAGCUCUCGUGCAUCGCUGAAUCGCAGCACCAGCUCGCUGGGAUCCAAAACUCAACUGACCUCGCCUGGGAACGAUCGCCCCUCCGGUCAGUCCUCAAUCCCGACACCGGUCUCCUCAAUCCCUACCAUGGUCAAGGCCGGCGAUCGUUACGAAUCGCUGCACAAAUCGCACAUUAGCCCACCGGAAUCGUUGCAAACCUCGAAGCGGGCCAGCUUCGUGGAAACCGGAUUCGUUGAAACCCUCAAACCUCAAUUCACCCCUGGACAAUCGUUGACAUCGCCGUCGCCGGCUCCUUCCACGGAGGAUCGUAUUCACCUACUGCAGAUGCAGCAGGAGAUCGAGGACUUAAAAACGCAAAACAAGGACUUGGUCGAAAAAUUGGAAACGCUGAAGGUUCGUCGCGCCGAGGAUAAAGAACGCCUGCGUGAGUUCGACAAGAUGAAGACUCAGUACGAUCAGUUGGUGGAGUUCAAGAGCAAAAUCAUGGAUGCUCACUCUCAGCUGCAACGUGACUAUCAGAGAGCCAAGCAGGAUGCUAAAGAUGCGAUCGAAGCUCGCGAUUUGCACAUCGAAGAGAUGGCCGAGUUGUUGGAGAAUGUCGAGAUGAUCACGCUGGACAAGGAGAUGGCCGAGGAGAAGGCAGAUACUUUGGCUCUGGAACUGGAAACGGCUAAGGAAAGGACCGAGGAGUUGACGUUGGACUUGGAGAUUUUGAAAACGGAAAUGCAGGAAAAAAUGGCCAUCGGUGGCGGCGUAAUAACUGGCGAUGGUGUUGGAACCGGUGCUUCAACCUACGAGUUCAAGCAACUCGAGCAACAAAAUGUUAGACUUCGGGAAACUCUGGUUCGUUUACGGGACUUGUCUGCACAUGAAAAGCAUGAAAUUCAAAAGCUGGAGAAGGAACUGGACACCAAGAAGUCGGAGGUGGCCGAGCUGCAGAGAACCAAGGAGAAAUUUUCGGGAAAGAUCGACGAGUUGGAGGCUCAGCUGAGCGAUCUUCAGGAACAGGUCGAUGCCGCGUUGGGUGCAGAAGAGAUGGUUGAGCAGUUGGCUGAAAAAAAGAUGGAACUCGAAGAUAAGGUCAAGGCGCUGGAAGAAGAAGUAUCCGAAUUGGAAGCGCUGGAAGAAGUUCACGAACAGCUGGUCGAGAGUAACCACGAGCUGGAGAUGGAUAUGCGAGAGGAGCUCGAUAUGGCCCACGCAGCUAAGCGCGAAGCAGUCCGUGAGAAAGACGCAGCUCUCGAAACUAUCGUCGAUCGCGAUCAAACCAUCCUCAAGUUCCGUGAAUUGGUUCAAAGAUUAAACGAUCAGUGCCAGGAAUUACGGGAGAAAAUUAAUCAGGAAUCCAACAAGGUUGUCAAGGACACCAUUACGGAAACGAUCGAUUUCAAACAGAUGUUCGCAGAAUCCAAGGCCUUCACCAGGGCUAUCGAUCUACAGCUGCGGCAGAUCGAGCUAACUCAAGCGAACGAACAUGUCAAAUACUUGACGGCGUUCAUGCCGGAAAUAUUCAUGGCUCGUGGGGGCGACCAUGAUGCAAUCCUGGUCAUCCUAUUGGUAUCACGAAUCGUUUUCAAAUCCGGUAUCAUUGUUAGCCAAGCCAGAGAACGUUUCUCCGCUGUGCCGCAAAUAGAUCGCAAUGCCAUUGUCAGUGGCCACGAAGUCUAUCAAUUCCGGUUCCGAUCGCGGCUGCUUCAUCACGUGCACAACUUGCAGAGCAUCAUGCAUCAGUUCCUGUACGGGCUGACUGCUUGCUCGGCAGAUACGUUACUGAAAAUCGGAUCGUCCCUGCCGGAGAUGCAAGCCCAGGAGAAGAUGGUCGACGAGAUUGUGGAUCUAUUGAAAGCCAAUCAGCUCGACGAGAAUUCAUCCACUGAUAAUCUGGAAAAGUGUGUCACAUUCUUCAACGCCAUGUACUUGGUUCUACUGUCUGGGGAAGAUCUGCUAAACGAAACCCAAAUUGUGCGCGACUGUACGGCAUCCAUUUCGGCAGCCUGUGAUUCGAUAUCGACUGAUGCGGUUUUGAUGAAGACACUGAUUCAAGGCGGUGAUGAGACCAGUGAUUCCGGUCUACUGAUGCAGUACAUUACCCAAAAUGUGGAUUCCGUGAAGCAACAGCUCAAACUGGUCAAACGCCGGCUUCCCCAGGACGUUUCUGUUACCAAGUGCAAUCUCUCGAUGAACACACUGCAGAAUCUGAAGAAAACCGCCGAGGCACUCAAUAAGCUAAUGAGUGCCAUGUUCUACAGCGCCAAGCAGGUUAUCCAAAUGGUCACAGCCGAUCCGGAAUCGGAAGUAUCCGUACCGCAUGACAAGCUCUGGGAGAUGUUGUCCAGUGCCUGCGAAAAGGUCUACGAACAGGACGAUUUGGGUCCAUCGCAAAACAUCCGAACCGUACUGAGCAAGACCAGUACCGACAUGAGUCAGCUGGCCCAGUAUCUGUUGGACCAUGAGUACGAAAUCAUGGCCGGAACGAACGCAAAACCCGAGGAGAAACCCACGGCACCAAUCAUUCUACGCGCACAGGCAGUCAAGAAGCAACUGGAGGAAACCAAAACCCUCACGGCAACACUGGAAAACCGGGAGGCCGAAAUCCGACAGCUCAAGUUGGCAGCCAAACUCAAACAGAACGAACUGUCCGAAAUGCAGAUUCGCAAGGAUUUGGCCGAAAAGAAGCUGUCGGUACUGCAGCAGGAUCACGAAACCAACACUGCCCGGCUGCAGAAACAGUACGACGAAGUUUGCCAGCGGCUCAAACAGAAGGAGAAAGAAUUCGAAGAAACCAUGGACCACCUGCAGAGCGAUAUCGACUCGCUGGAAAGUGAGAAGAGCAGUCUGCGCGACAAACUCAAAACCUACAGCUCCAAGAAGGGAGAUCUUAAAACUACCACUGCACUCGACAUCUCCGCCAGUUCACCGUACAUCGCCCAGGAGCUGUCACUUCUCAAGAAGGCAUUCAAGGACGAGCGCACCGAGCGGUUGAAGGUCCAGGCGAGCGAGUACAAGAAGAUCCUUUCCCAACUGGAACCGCUGCACGUGCCCCAGCCGAAGGACGAGCGCAUCGAAAAGUUGGAGCAGGAAAUCACCAAGGUUAAGCACGAUUGGAUAAUGUCGCUCGUUCGGGGAGCGGAAAUGCCCGGAACGCAUACCUCCCAGGGGAACGUCUCCAAGGCGAUCGUCGAUCACGAAAACGAGCAGAAGCGUAACCAGCAGCAGAUCAAAUCGAAGGCCGAACACCUGGCGUGUGAGAUUAUGAACGAAUAUCUCAGCCGGAAACCGCACCGUGCUGCUAGGGGUGACUUUGCAAUGUUUCCCUCGACCGAGCUGGCGUCGGCUUUCAAGAUGAACAUUAAGGUGUAAGGUUGAUGAUUCAACGGACGUAGUAAAAGGUAAGACGUAAGGAGGUCUAUCUGUAAGAAUUCAAUACUAUAAUGAGCAAUUGCUUCACGAUGGCAGGCUGUACUAAAUCGUAUAUUUUAGACUUUAAUGAACCCCAAUGAAGCGCUUGCAGCUUGAAAGACGUCAGCAUUUGUUUGCUGCAGUCCGGAUAAAGUAAAAGCUGUUCUUAAUUCCAUGUUCGGGACCUAUUUAGUGAAUGCUGUUUUAUUUCUUUGUGUUAUUUAUUGCUUCUACUGAUAUUGGCGUCACUUUAAGUAUUAAAGUAUGUACUCAACAAUUAUAAAUAUGAAA